AUGGCACGGUGGUAGAUCCGAUAUUGUUUAUUGGUUUACCUACGACUUUUCGUAUGGACACGUCAGUAGACUUUUAACCUAUUUUGUACAUUAUAGUUCUACUGCAAAAGAAAAAGAAGUCAUUCAGUUACACCAUGCAAGGACAGUAUAAUAUGAGAAGUCCAGCUGUGAAAAGAUUAAUGAAAGAAGCCCAAGAAUUGAGACAACCAACAGAAGAAUUCUUUGCUCAACCUUUAGAAGAUAAUCUAUUUGAGUGGCAUUUCACAGUUCGUGGUCCUCCAGACUCUGAAUUUGAUGGGGGAAUUUACCAUGGCAGAAUUAUCUUGCCCCCAGACUACCCCAUGAAACCACCUAGCAUUAUUCUUCUCACCCCCAAUGGGAGGUUUGAGUUAAACAAGAAGAUAUGUUUAAGUAUAUCAGGACACCAUCCUGAAUCAUGGCAGCCAUCAUGGUCAAUUCGAACAGCAUUACUAGCUAUCAUUGGGUUUAUGCCAACUCAUGGUAAUGGUGCUAUUGGCUCCUUAGACUACACACCUGAGGAGAGAAAGUCCUUAGCUAACAAGUCUCAAUCGUGGAAGUGUCCAGUAUGUGGUCCAAUGAAUAAUAUUUUACUGGAUAGGUCAGAAGGUCCUCAGUCAGCAGCAACAAACCAAGAAGCUAAAGAAUUAGCACUACAGAUUUCUUUCAAGGGAGAAGCUGAGAAAACGGAGGAACCUUCACCUUCUUCUUCUUCAACCAUGGAUACAGGGAAUUCUUCCAUAAAUCAAAAUUCUGAGCCUGAAAGUAAUUUGCACAGAAGGAUUGUAGAUACUGGAUUGGACGAAGCUUCACAAAUCCAAGUUUCACCAAAUUUGCUUACACAGCCCAAUACUGUACAGAGUCAAAGUAUUUCUAACAAAAUGUUUACAGUUUUAAUUUAUGUUGUAAUGGUGAUGAUACUAGCAUUGCUUAUGAGAAGACUGUUCUUUAUCUGAGAAACUAUUUUAGGCUUUGGUUGACAAAAUUCAGACUAGUCAUCCCUUUGUCCAUCUUUGCAGGAGAAAAGGGGAACUUGUGAUUGACUAGGAAGUUCUAUUAAAAUGGUGAAGGUCGAAUGAAAUGAAAGUAAAUGUACAAAUGUAUGACAGUUACCACUGUUUGGUAAUUUUCCACAUUUCAGAAUAAAAUCACUUCAAAAAAAGGUAAUUUUAAACAGAUUA